GACCCGCCUGCUAGAUCGGUAUCAUCAGGAUGAAGAUGAGACAGCUCAGAGCGCUGUGUGGCUUCAUUCUGCUCAGCCUGGCUGUUCUCACCAACGCCAGGCCAAAAGCAGGUCCUGAACAAAAAUGUAAGUCCGGCCCAGUAGAUCUGGUCUUCCUCAUCGACAGCUCUCGCAGCGUGAGGCCGCAUGAGUUUGAGACCAUGAGGAAGUUUAUGAUUGACAUCCUGAACACUCUGGACAUUGGACUCAAUGCCACCAGAGUGGGAGUCGUUCAGUACUCCAGCCAGGUUCGCAGUGAGUUCUCUCUGAAGGCCCAUGCCAAGCUGGAGAGCAUGGUGAAGGGCAUCAACCAGAUCAUCCCUCUUGCUCAGGGAACCAUGACUGGGCUCGCCAUCAAAUAUGUGAUGACUGAAGCUUUUACAGCCGAGGCGGGAGACAGGCCAAAGGUCCCCAACGUGGCCGUGAUUGUGACAGACGGACGUCCCCAGGACCGUGUGGCGGAGGUGGCAGCCGAGGCCAGAGAGAAAGGCAUCGAGAUCUACGCUGUGGGAGUGGCCAGAGCCGACAUGACGUCACUGAGGGCCAUGGCUUCCCCGCCGUUCGAAGACCACGUCUUCCUCGUCGAGUCCUUCGACCUCAUUCACCAGUUUGGACUGCAGUUCCAGGACAAACUCUGUGGAAUGGACCUGUGUCUGGAGUCGGACCACGGCUGCGAGCACAUCUGUGAGAGCUCCCCAGGCUCCUACCACUGUCUCUGUCUGCCUGGAUACACUUUGAAUGAGGACGGAAAAACAUGCGCAGCCAUAGAUCUGUGCGCUGAAGGAAAACACGACUGCGAACAAAUCUGCAUCAGCUCCCCCGGUUCCUUCACCUGCGACUGCAACAAAGGAUACAAACUGAACGACGACAAGAAGACCUGCUCAAUGAUCGACUACUGUUCGUUUGGGAACCACAGUUGCGAUCAUGAGUGUGUGAGUGUGCUCAAUGGCUAUCACUGCCGCUGUAACGAAGGAUACAGGCUGCUGGACGACGGCAAAACCUGCCAGGCCAUUGACCUGUGCGCUGAGGGGAAACAUGACUGUGAGCAAAUCUGUGUCAGCGCGCCGGGCGUCUUCACCUGCGACUGCAACGAAGGAUACACACUCAAUGAAGACAAGAAGACCUGCACACCCAUUGACCUGUGUGCUGAGGGAAAGCAUGACUGUGAACAGAUCUGCAUCAGCGCGCCGGGCGUCUUCACUUGCGACUGCAACAAAGGAUUCAAACUCAACAAGGAUAAGAAGACCUGCACGAACAUGGACCUGUGCAACACAGUGGAGCACGGCUGUGAGCACCAGUGUGUGAGCACUCCAGGAUCCUAUUACUGCAUCUGUCCUGAGGGACAACUGCUGCAGGAGGACGGCAAGAGCUGCGGCACCUGCAAGUCGGCCAACAUUGACCUGGUGCUUCUGAUCGACGGCUCCAAGAGUGUCAGGCCACAGAACUUUGAGCUUGUCAAGAAGUUUGUGAACCAGGUCGUGGACUCUCUGGACGUGUCUGCUCACGGUACCAGAGUUGGUCUGGUUCAGUACUCGAGUCGGGUCAGGACAGAGUUCCCUCUGAACAUGUACCACACCGCGGAUGAGAUCAAAGCCGCCGUCAUGAAGGUUGACUACAUGGAGAAAGGUACGAUGACAGGUCUGGCCCUCAAGCACAUGCUGGAGAACAGCUUCUCAGAGGCAGAAGGCGCUCGUCCUUCCAGCCGCAACAUCCCACGAAUCGGGCUGGUUUUCACAGACGGACGCUCCCAGGACGACAUCACCGAGUACGCCAAGAAGGCCAAAGAAGCAGGCAUCACCAUGUACGCUGUGGGUGUCGGGAAAGCUGUGGAAGACGAGCUUCGUGAGAUUGCAUCUGAGCCUGUGGAGAAACAUUUCUAUUACACCACUGACUUCACCGCCAUCAGCACCAUCGCUGAGAACCUCAAACUCAACGUCUGCCCAGAGGAGAGUCAAGGGGAGAUUGAAGUGAAGGAUCCGUGUGCCUGUGAGAGUCUGGUGGAGUUCCAGCAGGCCACCAUGAGCAGCCUGGAGCAGCUCACACAGAAACUGUCUGGGAUGACCGCUCGGCUGGAGCAGCUGGAGAACCAGCUUCUUUCCAAGAAGUGAUCUGGUCAUCACGGUGAGCAACCAGGACGGCACAGAGGAGGACCAGCAGAAUGAGGAAGCAGAGGGCACAUCCUGACAAAAUCAUUGAAGGGGGAACUCAGACACCCUUUCCAUCAAGGGACAAAACCAAAAAAAGUGUCUCCUCACAAAACCUUUGUAGCCUUCAGUAGCUCUGUUGCUCUUCAUGCUCAUAGGAGUGUAAGAACGAUCAGAAAGUUUGUGAUAUAGAAUCUAAUUUGCCACAUUUGUAAAUUACAUUAUUAUGUACACUUUAAAAAAAGAAGAAGAAGAAGAAAAAAACAUCAACAUUACCACAUACAGUUCCUCAGCUAUGACUGAACAAAUGUGUCAUUAAACAGAUGGACAUGAAAAGAUUCCCCAGGACAUGUUUUCAGGGUUUUGAAUGAUAAUUGGUGCAUAAUUACAGCACACAUGUGCCAGUAUGUUCUGGAUACAUUCAAGAUUUUAUAUAACAUUUGUCCCCUCGGUGUGAGUUAAAGCACUUCAUCAGUGCACAAAGAAGACUGUUGGCUAUGUUUGUAAACUAGAUGUAAUCAAUGUAGAUAUUAUAUACAAGCACUAAACAUUAUUCAGUGAAAAUACAGUUAGCAGUUUUCAUCUUUCACAGUGUUCAUUCAUAGUCGCGCACCGUUCGUCUGUUUCCUUUAGUGCUCUAUUUAUACUUGAUCUGUUUUGUAUGGUUUGUUAAAUAUGAUGUAUUUAUAGCAGAUUGAUCUUCUUUUUUUAUCAACAGUAGAAUAGAAAAUAAGAAAGUGAGAGGUGGAAGGACAAGAGUUAUAAAAAUGAAGAGUUAUUACCACUCCCAAUAUUAAACUGGUUUUGCGUAGUUUUACAAAAACAUCAUUACUUGCUUGCCUGCAGACACCAGCUUUUAAUCUCUGGCUUGGAAAUGGGUUAGGAUUUAUUUUAAAAAGGGAAUUUAAAAAGUUUCAAGCAUCACUAUUUUCUAAAGCUGUGGUCUGUUGUUGAUAGAGGAAGAUAGGAAGAUAUAAUAGGAAGUAGAACACAGUGUUUUGAAUAAAUAUGGCCUUUCUUUCAUACAGCAGCUUCGCUCUGCACUUUCUAGAUUCGACCACAGGGUGCCCUUAACAUGUCUGUGUAUUAGUUUACAUACAGUAUGAGUCACGUCUCUUGCUGUCAGUGCUUGUCAACGGGAGCAACAAGAAUACUCAAUUAAAAUUACUUUUUUUUUACAUUCAUAGAUAAAAAUCCAGCUCAGCUGUGAUCACCAGCCUUGGAAACUUUCCUGUUUGUAAAUGAAUACGACUGCCUCAGCUAUGAUAGUGUAGGAUGCCUCAUUUCUUGUAGUUUUAUAAAAAUAUAUAUAAAAAAGACCACCACAAAUUUAUACCCCUUUAUAUUUUCGAUGCCUGUACGUUUUUGUAUAUUUUCUAAUAACUUUACAUGUUUUGUAUUUUUUUAAUGAAUCUCUGUAUUAGAGCACAGAAGGCAUUAAAGGAGUGAACUUUUCA